AACUCGCAGGAUUAUCGUCAAGAAUUUGUAAGGUUUAUUAAUCAGAUUGGAGGAGCAAAUGGUAAAGAUUACACGGAGAGAGUACUUAAUGCUAUAUUCUCGCAAUCAUUUGCUACUGAUAAUACUUGGGAAGGCAAGGUGACAAAGUUUAAAAUCAAUAAGUUGAACUUAAUUACUAUUUGCGAAGAGAUAAUAUUGAAGAAAUUUAGUUAUUGGGACAGUGUUGAAUUUGCUAAAGCUGGAAUUAAUUGGUUUCGAUUAGGAAAUCAGAGAGCAGGUAAACAACCAAAACAAGUUGAAAAGAAACCUAAGCCACCAAACAAUAGCAAUACAAAACAAGAAGAGUACUGACGAAUUUCUUGAGUAAGUGAAUUCAAGUGAAUUCACUCAAUAUUUUAUUAAUGUAAGAUUUAUACUAUACAAUCCAAUAUAUAGUAUACAAUCCAACAAGUGAAAAUAAUAUUUUACUCAGUAUUAGUAUGACUGAUUGAAAAAUCCUAUAUUUAAACUUAUAAUUGUUAAAAUUUUCACUUUUUGGAUUGUGAUGAUUACUCUAAAGAACAAAAAAUAUUAUUUAUUUUUUCUUAUAAAAAUAAUUAAUGACUUCAUUUAAAAAUGUGUGCAAUACUUUAUCAAUAUAAAGUUUUCUUAUCUAUCUUCAAUCCAAAAAGUGAAAAUAAUAAUUUACUUAGUAAUGGUACAACUAAUUUAAGAAUAUAUGUUUAUACUUUUUAUUGCUAAUAUUUUCACUUUUUGGUUUGUAAAGAUUACAGUAAGAAAACAAGAAUAUUAAUUUUGUUUAAAUAUAAUGGAAAUAUGAAUGAGUAAAAUUUUCAACUCUAGAAUUUCGAAUAAUAUUGGUUAAUUUUAGUAAAUUUGAAACAGUAACUACUCUGAAUAAUAAGAAAUAAUUUGAAAUCCAGUAGUAGUUCACUUUAAUUUAAAUA